GUUGGUGAUGCGACGACUGCGCCUCAAACGCAUUUCUGUCCUACACCUCUACCACAGUGACACCUUCCUCUACUGCACGUUCACUCGUUGACCAUCUACUAUCCUGUAGUAGUAGUAUUUCGUUGCACUUUUUUCCAUUUCACAUCGUUGUACCGCGGGAUUCAGUACUAUCGGUGUAUGGGAGGUUGUCUUUUCCUUCCGCUCGCUGAAGUCAACUGCACAAGAACAUCAUCACCGUCACCCUUAAUGCGCAACCCUCAUCCUUCCCGACGUUGCGCUUUGGCGCCGUGGACUCUCUGAAAGACCAAAAGACAGCUGCAGCAUCCCCCUCUUAUUCCAAUUUCACAUCAUGCUGAGGCCCGCCACUCCUCUGACCGUUUUGCUGCUCAUAUCCUUUGUUUUCCUCCUGCUGUCGGUUCUUUCGACGCCUGUCAUCCACAGCAUCCCCAUCGCAACCUACCAAGGAGUUAAUUUUGGAGUCUUCGGCUACUGCACUCCGACAAAAUGCAGUGGCAUCAGGGUGGGAUAUACAACUGAUGGCCUCUUCCCCACCGGAGAUACCGACUUCAAUCUCUCGUCCUCUACCAGACACUCGCUAUCCUCCCUCCUCAUCGUCCACCCUGUCGCGGCCUUUUGUAACCUGGUCUGCCUUGCACUGGCUGGGGCUGCUCACCUGCACUCCCCCUCUCAUUCCGCGCGCUAUCUCCUCGGCCUGCUGAUUCUGUUGCUGCCCACGCUCCUGGUCACUUUACUGGCUUUCCUGGUCGACAUAUUACUUUUUGUGCCACAUUUACAAUGGGCUGGAUGGAUUGUCCUUGCUUCCACCAUCCUCAUAGCGGCUUCAGGUGUCGUGACCUGCGCUAUGAGGCGGACUCUGGUCUCUCGGAAAGCGCGUAAGAAGAGAAUUGCCGAGAAUGCUGAAAUGAGUGGAGAGAACUUCUACAAUCGACAAGCACAAGAAUCCAAGAAUGUCGCCCAAACAUUCACCGCAGAGCCAACUAUGCCUAUGGUCAAUGGCUCACCCGGCGCAGACAGGCUCCCUACCUUCGCGACCUUUGAUGCAAGUCAAAAGUCCGAUGAAGAACGCCAACCCCUCCGAGCGCAAGCGUUGUCCAAUGAGCCAAGCCUGGCGACACCCUCCCGAGAUGGGGCGUCGGAUCGAUACUAUGGACCUCCGUCAAGAGCUAGCAGUCGACCACCGAACAAUGGACCACGAGAUCAAUUCGGUAAUCCCCCGCCACCGCCGCUCCCGACCGGUCCAGAAGGAGCUAUGAUGUCGGGGCAACGCAGAAGCUCUGGGGAUGGGCCGACUCCUCCUAGUCCUUAUCGAGAUCGCAGCCUGCCGCCGCCGGGUGGUCGAGGCUAUUCGCAGCGUGGCAGAGGCACCUAUCCGCCUCGGGGUGGCUACCCUCCGCGAGGGGGCGGUUACGGUUCCAGAGGACCACCUCCUCCACAAGGCUAUCCUGGCCGAGGCGGAUUCUCGACUGACAUGAGAGGAGGAUAUGGUGGGCGUGGUCGGGGUGGAUUUCCGCCCGGUGCCCCGACCAUGGCGGCCGGAGCCAUCAUGGCCGGUGCUGCACGACGACCACCCCCGGGAUACCCGCCCAACGGAGCUGACAGCGUAUCGGAGAGGUAUACUCCACCGGACGAAUACCCAGUGGCAAUGGGUCCCCCGCUACCCAUGGUACCUUCGCAACAAUAUGUCGAAGACAAUGAGCGGAGGUACGAUGUGAGGAGUCCCUCUGUCUACACUCAAGGAGAAGAGUCGCAAGGUCCAUACGGAGCUAGGGCGCAGUCCCCAGCAAGAGAUAGAACGUCACCAUAUGGCAGUCGUGUUCAAUCCCCAUCUGGGACCCUCCACCGACCUUCUCCACCACCAGCAAUGCCUCCAUUGCCAAUGACUCAGCCCGUUGAGAUGGCUGGCACCUCUGUCCGUGACUUCAAACCUCAGAGGUCGCAGAGUCAAGAUCCCUAUGUACCUCCACGGGCUAACUGGAACAAUAUGUCGGGCGAUGAUUUGGGAUACCCGAGGUCACCGGUGAGACAAGCCCAAUCUCCUGUCGAGCUCCCUACAAGCGGCAGUCACGUCGGGGGUUACAACAGCCAACCACGGAGACCGCGAGUCAACUCUGGUGGGAGUGAUGUCUACUACGAAGAUGUCGACCCACGGUUCGCUUCUGACCCAGUACCACCAAUGCCACCAAAUCCCCAACUCGAAGACCGGAACCGGAGACCUCCUCCACUCCUGACUCCAGGACCGCCCGGCCAUUAUCGACCCGACUCCUACAAUGAGAUCCCCCCAACCAACUCGUACGAGGAGUUGCCCGGUGCCCGAUCUCCCGCGGAGAGCGAAACCAGCAAUUUUACAUCCGUCAGUCAGCGAGGGGUCAAUCCCAAUUGGCGGCCCGGCAACGGUGGCGAGUUCAGCACCAUGGGUCCCAUGAGGAGGCGAGAUCAGCAGACGAGGCAAGACAUGCUCCUGGCAGGUAACCCGGACUUCGAGCUGCCCGGUACCAUGGGACCUCCCCGGCUCCCAACACGGGGUCGUGGCGGAGGGCCUGGGAUGAGAGGUGGGGUGAUGAGAGGGCCAGCUCGUGUCCCGCCAGCCAGCGCUGUAGGUGGCGGUGGUGAUGGUCCCUAUCCCAUUCCCAUGGGACCAGCUCUACCCGGCGGACCAAUGGGACCGCCCGGACCUGGGCCUGGUCCAGGUAUGGCAAUGGGAGGCAUGAGGGAGAUAUGAGGGAUAUACAUGAAAACAAAAGCUUAGCUUACGUACAGUCCAGUCUAAUAAUGUGUGAUAUGCGGGCUGGGCCUUGUGAAAUAAAAUGGAACGAUUUGAUGAUUACGAGUCAAUGAGCAGAGGCCAGGAGUUUCAAUGUCUUGUAAAAUCAGGAACACCUCCCUUGCCAUUGCAGCUCGCCGGAAAAUGACCGGGUACACGGCACAGGGGGUUUGAUAUCAAAAUAGAUGGAUGGAGGAGAGGGGGAGGUUGAUAGAUAGCUACAUACUGCUCGGGCAUCAAGCCAUAUGUAUAUACGAUACCCACCAUUCUGAAC